CGCCGCCGCCGCAGCUCGAGUUGGAGGAGGGAGAAGCCAGGGAGAAAAUGGCGGCCGUGGCUGCAGAGGCGGCAGCGACUGCAGCGUCCCCCGGGGAGGGGGGCGCCGGCGAGGCCGAGCCGGAGAUGGAGCCCAUCCCCGGCAGCGAGGCCGGCACCGACCCCCUCCCGGUCACGGCCACUGAAGCGUCUGUGCCGGAUGGCGAGGCCGACGGGCAGCAGUGCGCUCCUCAGGCCGACGAGCCGCCGCUCCCGCCGCCACCGCCGCCGCCGGGGGAGCUCGCCCGCAGCCCGGAGGCCGCCAGGCCGGAGCUGGAGGCUGAGGAGAAGCCGCCCGUUCGGGUGGCGGAGCCGGCGGCAGCCGCGGAUCAGGGAGGGCCCGACCUUCCACUGUCUCCUGCACCGCCGCCCGAGGAUCCCCCGGCCCCCGAGGAACGCGAGGAGACACAGCUGUCCCAGCCCGCAGCUCCGGCACUAGUGCCGCCGGCGGGCGGGGAUUCCGCGGUGUCGCAACUGAUCCCGGGCUCGGAGGUGCGGGUCACGCUGGACCACAUCAUUGAGGACGCGCUCGUCGUGUCGUUCCGCCUCGGGGAGAAGCUCUUCUCCGGGGUGCUCAUGGAUCUGUCCAAAAGGUUUGGGCCCCAUGGGAUCCCUGUGACAGUAUUUCCCAAAAGGGAAUAUAAAGAUAAGCCAGAAGCCAUGCAGCUCCAAAGUAAUACAUUCCAAGAAGGGACAGAAGUCAAGCGUGAAGUGAAUGGUGCUGUUCCUGAUGACCCUUCUCCUGUCCCACCUCCCGAGCUGAGCUUGGCUGAAAGCCUAUGGACUUCCAAACCACCACCUCUCUUCCAUGAAGGAGCACCUUACCCUCCCCCUUUGUUUAUCAGGGACACAUAUAACCAAUCUAUACCUCAGCCACCUCCUCGGAAAAUUAAGCGACCCAAACGAAAAAUGUACAGGGAAGAACCCACUUCAAUAAUGAAUGCUAUUAAACUACGACCUAGGCAAGUCCUGUGUGAUAAAUGUAAAAACAGUGUUGUUGCUGAAAAAAAGGAAAUUAGAAAAGGUAGUAAUGCAAGUGACUCUUCUAAAUAUGAAGAUAAGAAACGGAGAAGUGAAAGUAUAACUACUGUGAACAAAAAACUGAAAACUGAUCAUAAAGUGGAUGGGAAAAACCAGAAUGAAAGCCAGAAAAGAAAUGCCGUGGUUAAGGUUUCAAAUAUUGCUCACAGCAGAAGCAGAGUAGUAAAAGUUUCUGCUCAGGCAAAUACAUCAAAAGCUCAGUUAAGUACUAAAAAAGUGCUCCAGAGUAAGAACAUGGAUCAUGCAAAAGCUCGGGAAGUGUUGAAAAUUGCCAAAGAAAAGGCACAAAAGAAGCAAAAUGAAACCUCUACUUCCAAAAAUGCACAUUCGAAAGUCCAUUUCACACGUCGAUACCAGAAUCCUAGCUCAGGUUCCCUUCCGCCCCGGGUUCGUUUAAAACCACAGAGGUACAGGAAUGAAGAAAAUGACUCUUCUCUGAAGACAGGACUUGAGAAAAUGCGGAGUGGCAAGAUGGCACCCAAGCCCCAGUCUCGCUGCACCUCUACCCGCUCAGCAGGUCUCAACAAAUGGCAGCUAUUACAUCAGACAGUGACGAGUCCUGCUGCUCCCUUACAGUGUCUGACAGACCACUGUGGAUUCAGACUGGGAGCAUUGAAGUUAACAGUGAAACGGGCAGCACAAAGACAUUAGCAGGCUGCUGGUUUCAUGGACCUGUACCACAAUGACACAGAGAACACCAGAGCAUCAGGACUGAAUGAAAUUGGAGAUUUUUAAAGCUGCACUAAGAAGUAAAUGUUAAGGCAGUGAUUAAAACCAACAGUCUACAAAGGGGCACUUGGAAAUUGUGCUAUAUUAAACUGAAGAAAAGGUAUUAGGGAAUAUUUUAUAAGAAAUAAACUAUUGCAAUAAAUUAUGCAUGAGAUGAGGAGAAAAGUGAUAUGAAAUACACAUACAAAAAGCUCACUUGAAUUUUAUGUAUGAAGAAUCACUGACAGUAACUUCUUUUGAAUGUGAAGUUCUUACCAUUAUGGUUUGGACAGGCCUAAGACGCAUAGGUUGAUGCAGAAGUGUUGAAUUAUUUUUCAUACUUAAACUUUGUGCUUUCUCCAAAGUUUGUUAAUCAGUUCAGAUAUGAGAAAAUGUGUUUCAGAAAUGGCUCUCCUCUGAAACAGCAAUAGUCAUAUAUGCCAAGGCCAAUGUUUCCUUCACGGUGCCAGCAGAAACAGCAAAAGAUUAUGUAACAUCCUGCUGAAAGGAUGGCAAAGUGCCCCACCCCACCCCACCAACAAAAUUUGGAUCUUUUCUUUCUUUAAUAAAGCAGGGCUGUAUUAUCUUGAAUAUAUGUUUGCUCGUUAGAACAUUAAGAUGUAUUUAUUUGCCACUAGUAUUUAACAUUUUGUGCACAUUUUCAUAACUACAUUCUUACCUUUCGCAUUUUGACUCAAAGUGGAUAGGCUAGUGUUGAUCUUGGAGUGAAAACACACUUCAAGAACUAGUUCUUAAUUCUACCGAGCUGGAAAGGCUUUUAUUAUUGUCUCUAUCCUUACUGAUUUUAUCAAGUUCAGAAAAGGUGACAACAUCUGAAUUUUGAUGCGGACCUUUUUCUAUGGAGAGCCUCUUCUUCUAAGUGCAAGAAAUUCUCACAGGUGUCAGCUAGCACUUGGCCCUGGGGGACAAGCAGCAGGAACAGAUCCAUAGACAACAUCAAACUUUUCAUGCAUGGAGCAUGAAUUCUUAUUAAUAGAGGCUGUAAUUUUUUUCUUGUCUUUGGUAAAUACAUAUUAAGAAAAACCUUAAUUUCUCUUUUUUAAUGAAUGGAGAAAACAUGAGAAAACCGGAUGGACAUGUUAGUACUACAUUUUUAAGGCAUUUUAUAUUUGAUGGUGCCAUACUUUUAAUAAUAAUAAAACAAGUUUUUUAGUGGCAAUACUGAUUUAUUUUUUAAACAAGAAAUAUAUCCAUAUUGAUUACUUAUUACAAAAAAAACAAAGGAAAAAAAUGCCAAAAAAUAAAAAGACGCAAAAUUCAUUUGAAGCAACAGAACAGAUAACUGAGCACUUGGCUCAAGUGUUCAAACUUUCCAUAAUCUUACUCUGUAGGUUUAGAAUUACCUAAUAACCCCACCCAUGCUCAGGAUAAACAAAAGGUUCUAGGUGAGAGUUUUAGAAUAUUUAAUAUACCUGACUAUGAUUUGUUUUAUUACAACUCAAGAAGAAUAGUCAGGCAGUCUUGAGUCCAGUGAGCUUAAUGCAAAUCAUAAUUAUACUGCAAGUAAUUAAAAGUUUUGACCACAUUCUAAAAUUGUCUUUUUGGAAAAUUCUCUAUCAUGAAGACAUUACAUAUUUUAUACAAUCAAAUAGCUCAGGAACUGUAGCAGCAGGGAGUUCUAAAGAUGACAUGUACUAGAGGGCACCCUACUCUGUGUGGCCCUGAGGCUGUGGCUUGGGUCAGUCUUGUUCUUUCAGAUACAUAACAUGAGCACUACCUUUCAGGCUUACUUCGAGAACCAGAUAACUCCCAAGCCAUGGUGGAAUUACACAUGGAUUGUAUAAUCAAAAUUUUUAAUUAGGCUUUAGAAUUUUUUAUUUAUAUAGAGUGAUGGAAAUGACCAAGAAGUAAUAAUAUAAAGGCAAACGAAUUGGGAGAGAUCAGGUUUUAAGUAUCUAAAUAUUUUUUUCUCAUGACAUUCUCAAAGGUGUUUUGUUAAAACCAGAUUUCCAUUUUUUAAAAAAUGAGACUUGGUGGUAUUUAAAAUCUAGACCUACCAUGUUGCUAUUUCACUUUCAUUGCUUUAGUUGCUUAAUAUUUAAGCUUUGCUUCAUGCUACCUUUUGUCUGUAUUUCAGUCUUCACAAGCCUAUUUUGUUUUGUUGACUUGAAUGAUAAAAGUUGUUUCUGAGUUAAAUGUUAAAGAAUGUUGUGUAACAUUUAUCCCAAUAAAGUCUUUGAUUUUUUAAAAAUUUAGUUAUUUUAAAA